AUGGUUCUCAUCCAACGGCUCAAGGUGGAUCCGAAGGAAGCACUAAAAGUGAGAUCAUGCUGCACUUCUUUUCCUUUUGAGGGGUGGCAAUCACUCAUGCAGUUCGUGCAUGCUGUUGGUAAACAGUGGUCCCAGGGUGCAUUUUGGCCCCUCGGACUCGUUAUGCUGGGGAUAAGUGGAACAAGCCUUUCUCCGAACUGGAUUUUUUUCUGGUUCGAAGAUUGCAUUGGCCCUUAUUUACCCUCGCCUGAUGAUUUGGGUGUUAUGCCCAUCACUGGUCGACUGGCUUCCUCCCUUGAGGGAUCAGGCAAGAGACGAAUCUUUGCCAUUGGUAACUACAUCAACCAAAGGGUGUUAAGGCCGGCCCAUGUUUGGAUGGCCUCUGUGUUGAAGAGGAUCCCGAAUGAUGGGACCUUCGCUCAGUUGGCACCUUUGGUUAGGUUGAAAAGUUCUAUGGACACUUUCUUAUACGACUUGUCUGCUGCCACUGAUAGGUGGCCACUCCUUGUCUUAUUUAAAAUGUUCCAGUACCUGUUCGACCGCUCGUUCGCUUCGAGCUCAACUUUGUCGACCCAACUUUAG